UAAUGUUGUCAACAGCAACACAGCUGUUUCAAAGUAGAUAGUUUAAAAAGUUUAUAGUUUGAACGUAUACGUAAAUAUAACAUUCGAUAUAUUUUUUAAUAAAAUAAUAUAGACUGAAAUUAUGAUUCCAUCUAACAAGCGUAUGAACAAAAUGGACGGUAAUCAAAACAUAAAACGUGCUAAGAAAGAAUGCAGUUACGGUGAAACAUGCUAUAGGCUCAACCCGGCCCAUUUCAGAGAAUUUAGUCAUCCACAUUUGGAAUCAAUUUUGGACAAUUCUAAAGGAAAGGAAUAUGAAAUUCCUGAGAAAUUUAAUUUACAAAAGAACAUGUUUAUAGAUCAGUUAAAUAUUAUAGUCGAAAAGAAUUUGUACAUACGAAACGAGGAAGUGAAAGAUGGAGCUAGUUCGAGCAUGCAAAAUGAAAAUCCAGGAACAUCAAAUAAUGAUAUACAAAAUCAAAAUAUUACAAGGACUAAUGAUUCACAGAUAACAAAAGUGUCACAGAUAAAAGAAAUUGAUAAACAUACAGCCGAUAGAAGUAAUAAAAAUUUAAAUCCAAAUUGUACACAGACUAUGAAUCUGUCAAGGACAAAUGAGAAAUUGUCACAGAGUAAAAACGAAAGUGAAAAUUUAGUUAGUAGUUCUAAAUGUGAUACGGGUAGACAGCCUGCAUCAAAGAUGGGGGAUAAAGUAAGGGAUUCAGACUACCGGCCCAUUGUGCCACCAACGAAGAAAGCAGAGGACUUCCUUAAAGUUGUCUUACCACGUGGCAAGAUGGCCGCCAAGCACGCAGCUUCAGCACCGUACUACAUCUUCUACACGACGAUCACGGACGCAAAACAGACGCACACGCAACCGUACUCCAUUACCUUUCAAGAAAUUCUUGACAAUAGUCUGGGUGAAUUGAAGUGUUCCCUACAGAUAAACUUCAUGGUUGAAAUAGGGUGGCUGCUAGCGCAGUACUACUUCGCCGGAUACAGUGCGAAAAAAUUGACAAUAUUGUACGGCGACGAUUGUUCGGAUAUGAAGAAUAUUAACAAAAAGAAACCAAACGUCGAAGCGCACUACGUCAACAUGGCAACACCGUUCGGGAAACAUCACACGAAAAUGAUGGUACUCUGCUACGAGGACGGAUCCUUACGAGUGGUAAUAUCUACCGCUAAUUUGUAUAUAGAUGACUGGGAGAACAGGACUCAGGGUCUGUGGUUCAGUCCGCGCUGCCCGGAACUCCCCGCGGACGCGAUGCCGCACGACGGGGAGUCCCCGACGAAGUUCAAGCGCAGCCUGUUGCGGUACCUCGCGCACUACCACCUGCCACAGCUGGCCUUCUACCUGGAUAGAGUGAAGAGAUGCGACUUCAGCCAUAUUAAUGUGUUUCUCGUAUCAUCAGCCCCUGGGUCCCACUUCGACCUAGAUUGGGGCAUGACCCGCGUGGGCGCGUUGCUCAGGCAGCACUGCGAGAUCCCGCCCGCUGAGAACCGCUCGUGGCCUCUCAUCGCUCAAGCCAGCAGCCUCGGCAGCUACGGCAACGAAGCCAAGUUAUGGCUGACAGGAGACUUUCUUCAUAACUUCACAAAAGUCAAGAAUCAAGCUCAGACGUUGUCGCAACCGCCGGAAUUGAAACUAAUUUAUCCAUCACUAGAGAACGUGAAACAGUCCCACGACGAUCUCCUCGGUGGAGGCUGCCUGCCUUACGCGGCGGAUGCCCACAAGAAACAACUCUGGCUAAACGAUUACUUGUACCAAUGGCUCGCCACGCGGACGGGCCGCGACAAGGCGAUGCCGCACAUCAAGUCGUACACGCGCGUGUCGCCGGACAGCAAGAUGGCGGCGUACUACCUCCUCACAUCCGGCAACGUGAGCAAGGCCGCCUGGGGCUCCCUCAACAAGGGCAACAGAGCCCUGAGGGUAAUGAGCUACGAGUGCGGCGUGCUGUUCUUACCGAGAUUUGUGAUCAAUCAAGACUUCUUCCCCCUCCAAGAGAACGCCAAGAAUCGUCUGAUAAUCCCAUACGAUAUUCCGCCAAAGAAAUACACGAGCAAAAUGUCGCCCUGGUUCUCUGAUUAUUUGCAUUGA